AUGAGGACCGGGGGGCGCCUGCCGGUGCCGGCGCUGCUGCCGGUGCUGGCGGCGCUGCUGGGGCUGUGCAGCGCCGAGCUCCCCGCCGAGCGGCAGGCGCUGGUGGUGCCGCGGCGCCUGGGCGCUGCCGGCGGCCGGGAGCGCUUCCGCCUGGAGGCCUUCGGGGAGCGGCUGACGCUGGAGCUGGAGCCCGACAGCAGCUUCCUGGCCCCGGACUUCACCCUGCAGUACCUGGGCGGGCCGCCGCCGCCGCCGGAGGACGACCUCUCCCGCUGCUUCUACUCCGGCACGGUCAACCGGGACCCCAGCUCCGCCGCCGCCCUCAGCCUCUGCGCGGGGAUGCGCGGCGCCUUCUCCCUGCGGGGCCGUCAGUACCUCAUCCAGCCGGCCCCCGGCACCGCGCACCGCCGCGGCGCCCACCUCCUCCGCCUCCGCGGGACCCGCCGGGCCGCCCCCGCCGCCCGCUGCGCCGUGGCCCAGGCGGAGACGGAGGCGGUGGCGGCGGGGGGGCCGGAGCCCGCCGGGCACGCAGAAACGAGAAGCAGAAGGAAGAAGAGGUUUGUGUCCAGCCCCCGCUAUGUGGAGACCAUGCUGGUAGCCGACCAGUCCAUGGCCGAGUUCCACGGCAGCGGGCUGAAGCACUAUCUCCUGACGCUGCUCUCCGUGGCGGCCAAGCUGUACAAGCACCCCAGCAUCCGCAACUCCAUCAGCCUCGUGGUGGUGAAAAUCAUGGUCAUUUACGAGGAGCGGAAGGGACCCGAUAUCUCUUCCAACGCGGCCUUGACUUUGAGAAACUUCUGCAGCUGGCAGAAACAGCACAACCCGCCCAGUGACCGGCACGCGGAGCACUACGACACAGCAAUCCUCUUCACCAGGCAGGACCUCUGUGGUGCCAAGACAUGUGAUACUCUUGGGAUGGCUGAUGUGGGAACAGUUUGUGAUCUAAACCGCAGUUGCUCUAUCAUAGAAGACGAUGGUUUACAGGCUGCCUUUACAACAGCCCACGAACUAGGCCACGUGUUUAACAUGCCUCAUGACGAUGCAAAGCAGUGUGCUGGUAUUAAUGGAAUAAGCCGGGAUUUCCACAUGAUGGCAUCUAUGCUUUCUAAUCUGGAUCGCAGCCAGCCGUGGUCUCCAUGUAGUGCCUACAUGAUUACAACAUUUUUGGAUAAUGGUCAUGGUGAGUGUUUGUUGGACAAGCCCCACAAACCAAUCCAGCUCCCUUCUGACUUGCCUGGCACAUUGUAUGAUGCCAACAGACAGUGCCAGUUUACAUUUGGAGAUGAGUCCAAGCACUGCCCCGAUGCAGCCAGUACGUGUACGACGCUGUGGUGUACUGGCACUUCUGGAGGACUGCUUGUGUGCCAAACCAAACACUUCCCUUGGGCAGACGGCACCAGUUGCGGGGAAGGGAAGUGGUGCAUGAAUGGCAAGUGUGUGAAUAAAACUGAGAAGAAGCAUUAUGAUACACCAGUGCAUGGGAGCUGGGGGUCCUGGGGGCCAUGGGGAGAGUGCUCCCGGACUUGCGGCGGUGGAGUGCAGUACUCCUUCAGGGAGUGUGACAACCCCAUCCCGAGGAACGGGGGGAAAUACUGUGAAGGGAAGCGCGUGCAAUACAGAUCAUGUAACAUUGAGGACUGUCCGGACAAUGACGGCAAAACCUUUAGGGAGGAACAAUGUGAAAAGCACAAUGAGUUUUCCAAGUCUCCCUUUGGAAGUGGACCUGCAGUGGAGUGGACACCCAAGUUUGCUGGUGUCUCCCCAAAGGACAGAUGCAAGCUGGUCUGCAGAGCAAAAGGAACAGGAUACUUCUUUGUUUUACAGCCAAAGGUUGUGGAUGGUACCCCAUGUAGCCCUGAUUCCACCUCUGUCUGCGUCCAGGGACAGUGUGUAAAGGCUGGCUGCGACCGCAUGAUAGGAUCCAAUAAGAAGUUUGACAAAUGCGGUAUCUGUGGUGGCAAUGGAUCCACUUGCAAGAAAGUGUCUGGCACACUUGUUAGAGCAAAACCUGGCUACCAUGACGUUGUCACCAUUCCAGCUGGGGCAACGAACAUCGAGGUGAAGCAGCGAAACCACAGGGGCGCAAGGCAUGACGGCAGCUUCCUCGCCAUCAAAGCUGCAGAUGGCACCUACAUCCUCAACGGCGAUUACACCCUGUCAACGCUGGAGCAGGACAUCACCUACAAGGGCAGCGUGCUGAGGUACAGCGGCUCCUCCGCCGCCCUGGAAAGGAUCCGCAGUUUCAGCCCUCUGAAGGAGCCUCUGACCAUCCAGGUCCUCACGGUGGGGGACCUGCCACAGCCCAAGAUCAAGUUCACCUAUUUCAUGAAGAAGCCCACACAGCCUGGGUCGGAGAAGGCGCCCAGCAGAAAGAAAGAGUCCUUCAAUGCCAUUAGGGAGAUCAUCUCCUCCGAGUGGGUCAUCGAGGAGUGGGGCGAGUGCUCCAAGUCGUGCGGCUCAGGCUGGCAGCGGCGGGCAGUGGAGUGCCGGGACCCUCAGGGGCGGCCAGCCACAGACUGCGCUCGGGAGCUGAAGCCGAGCGAUGUCCGUCCCUGCGCUGACGUGCCCUGCCCGCAGUGGCAGCUGGGGGACUGGUCGCCCUGCUCUAAGACAUGCGGGAAAGGUUUCAAGAAGAGAUUGUUGAAAUGUGUUUCUUACGACGGCAGUGUGCUGCCGCAAGAAAGCUGUGAGCCUUCCAAGAAACCGAAACACUUAAUAGACUUCUGCAACGUUACAGACUGCAGUUAAAUAGUAUAAGUUGGGAAAGCUAAAUUUUUUUUAUUAUUUCUUUUUUCCUUCAGAACAAUGCACUGAAAAAAAGAGGGCUAGAGGCAGCACAUGUGUUUCUGCAUACAGAAUUCAUGGUGAGGAUCCGUUGAGGUGGGACAGUGCAAAUAGCUUUAGUUGGCAUUGCAUCCUAAAAAUACCCUGCCAACUGAAAAUUUGAUAGGAUAGCAGACCCAUGUCACUCACUUGUCUUCAGCAGAUAAGGCCCGAGGGCAUUAUAAUUGCCUUUUUUUAAGUCUGUUAUAAAUUAAACAAAACAUGAGCAGUGCCCAAGAAACAUUUAAGCAAAGAUUUUGGGGUUCGGUUAUCUUUCCUUUCUUUUGGAUUUAUAUUGUGGUACCGAUCAAGUCCCCAUUUAUAGGAAGGGGAGGGAAAGGGGAGCAGAAAAGAUAGCUUAAAAUAAUUGGUCAGGGCUUACCUACCUCACGAAGGGCAAAAAACAGGAUUGGAAAAGGAGCUUUAACUGUCAUUCACGGCUGCUAUUGUUUCAGAGAAUAGUUUUAUAUAAAAAUAGAGCCAUAUUCUCUACCUGUAAAGAGUAAGCAAUAUCAAGAACAGUCAGUCAACUCCACAGAUAACUAGAAUAUCAUUUUUUAAAAGUAUCUUUAUGUCAUCCCAAUGUACCUGUCCAUUUCUCUCAUCCACUCCAGUGCCAUUGUGGUGACAUAUGUAAUCCAGAGGCUAGAAGAAGUGGAAAUCUUCAUGGAGCCGGUAGCAUCUCUGAGUAGUUGCUCUUUGUGCCUUCUGCAUACCUUCCACUGGCUUUUCUGAUUCGAGCUUGGUCCUACCAUUCUGUCAAACAGACUGAUGGCGUUUGAGUCAUGCUUUCACAUUCAGAUCUUUUCUCUUACCCCAGCCAAUGAAAAUUAUUUGCAUUUGAGUUAAAAAAAAGAUCAAAGAAAUCCCGCUAUGAAUGGGAACCUCUCCUCCGUGGCCUCUGAUGGGUUUGUAGUGCUCAAAUUACUGAUAAGGCGGGAAGACAAAGCUGAAGGAUAGCAGGUCCAUCCACAGCAAUACACCAACAUUCGCAUAAUUAAAGUUUGUGCCAGUCCAUAGACAAUGAGAGAAUAUGGCUUUCCAUAUGUAUAUAGUAAAAUAUAUUACUAUAGAUUUUAUAUACUUUAUAAGUAUUUUAUAUUUCUUUCCCUUCUGGGAAGGGUUAUAAUUUGUAAUAAAUGCAUAUAAUGAGCGUAUUUAUUUUUAUACUUCUUGUCUAAUGUGAUCUUCUAAGUUAUCGCUUUUUUAAAAGGACAUAUAACAAGGAUAGAGUAUUUAUACAGUAUAAUAUGUUACUAGAGGUAAUAAAUGAACCCUAUAAAUUUUG